AUGGCAGCCUCUGUUGACCGCCAAGAGAUCGAUCGCGUCCUUCGACAGAAACGCAACCAGCGGGAGGCCAGAGCGUGCUAUCCUUGUCGCCAGCGCAAGGUUAAAUGCGACAGCGCCCUACCAUGUCGGACCUGUCGUCGCCGUGGCCAUCCUCAGAUCUGCGUCUAUGACCAGGCGACUCCUGGAUCCAAGCAGGCUCGGAAUGUGAGCCAGCAACUUCGCCCGUCCAACGUCGAGCUCCAGACCCAGCCUUCAGUGCGCAGUCAGUCGGUACCCCAUCUACAACAAGGGCAGUACUAUCCGAACCGGAUUUCUUCGUCCGAUGGCCCGGACAAUGAACUCGUCUAUUCAGGCGACAACUCUGUGGUGUCCAUCCUCCGUAACCGUACGCAAGAUGCCAACGGCUCCAUGGCCCGUGAGGUGGGAUCGGUCCUUGGCCUGCAAAACACCUACGACAGUUAUCCGUUCAUGGAGGCCAGGACACCCCAAGACCGCUGGACAGAGCUCCUCCGGAUCAUCCCGCAGCGCGCGGAACUUUUAAAGUUCUUCCAUUUCUUUCGCCUAUCGGCGUACCCAUUCAAUCCUAUCCUCGUAGAUAUCGAACGCUUUGAGCUGGAUGUCUGUUCGUAUCUCAAUGACCUCGCAGCAGGAGAGUUGCAAGACCCUAGGCGGAUUUCCGAGCGCUGGGCCACUGAUCGGUCCGUUGGCCUUGUCAGCCUACUCCUGGCCACCUUGGCUUCCGGUGCGCACUACUCUGAUCUGGAGCAUAUACAGCGGUCAGAGCUAUAUCAGGAUUUCGCCAGGAGGUCUUUCCAGGCUCUUCGGCUGGCUAAUUUCCUGUUCCGACCGACGAUGGAUAUCAUACAGACCCUUCUGAUUAUUGGGAACACGCUGCAGAACAACGGGCAGUCCGAUGCAGCGUGGGCGUUGCUGGGGACGACAGUCCGUCUCGCGCAGACCCUAGGCCUUCACACAGAGAGGGGAAUGGCACGCUUUCCCGAUCAUGUAAAGUGGAAGGCCAGGAAACUAUGGUUUGCGGUUGUUUGGCAAGACAGUCUCCUUUGUCUCUGCUACGACAGACCGCCCAUUGUGUCCAUCACCGGAUGGACCCCCGACAACUCGAUAUUUUCGAGGACCGACUUAUGUUACACCGAGGUCAUGCAUUACCUCUGUCGGAUGGCUCUGGAGAUAAGCCAGUCAGCUGGCAUUGAGGGACAGCAGAGCACGCCCCGGCUUGAUACCUUGGCUUCUCUUGACAGCGUGUACCAGCGCGCGCAACCCCAUCUACGAGAACGACAGGAAUGCAAAACAUUGCACCAUAAUCUGGAGCAUCUGGCCUUGAAAAUGCACGUGUCCCUUGCCAUUUCUGUUCUGACGCGGUCGGCACUCAGACGUAUUCCGAUUCGGGACUCGGCCCAUGAUGUGAUGCGCACUCGCGCCAAAAACAGCCUCAUCGACGCGUCCAGAGCUUUUCUGGAUUUCCAGGCGCUGAGUGUGGUCCCCCUCCGGAGCUGGUCAAUGGUGCAUACCGUCCUGAGCUCCACUUUGCUUCUCUGCAUUUGGGAGGAGACCCGAAAUGAUGCCGAGUGUCGUGACCUGCAGCAGAGGGUCAUUGAAGUGUUUUCUGCGGCAGGCUCGGUGGGCACAGUGGGGAACUCGGCCUCGGAGAAUGGCCAGUGGCUGUCGGAGCGGCACAUCCGGGCGUUGAUUACGCUGCGAAACGCCGUCAGGACGGCCGUCGACCGCGAAAAAGAGGAGGGCGAUGUCGGGAUAGAACGUCCGGAGCAGCCCGGGCCGUUUUUCCCUGCAUAUGGAAUGCCCAACGGUUUUCCCGAUGACUUUGGCCAGGAUUUCUCACCCGCGUCCUAUCUGGACUCGAUCAUGAACGUACCGAUGUUUGACCUGUCCAAGGAGAUCGAAUUUCUCUGA